UAACAGCUUUUCGCAGGCUUUUUGCAUCCGUCGGUUAUUGUGCUUUACGACAGUUAAACUGUUUUCUUUGGGGGUUUACACUUAAAACUAAGUUAUCGGGACGAUUUUAUGUCUUUAUACUUAAAUUUCAUGCAUUCAUGAAUAAAAGUGUUGUAAUAUAUUACAAGUUUCAAUAAAACGAUCAGCUGUAGAAACCUCAACAUGCUAUUAAGUUAAUCAACAAAUUUGUUUAAGCGUUUUACAGUAAAGUAAUAAAAUAAUCAUGGCAAAGUGGAAACUAUGUCGUCAAAAGUUUGGCACAGAGGAGUUCCAUCUAGAAGAAGACACGAAAAUAUCAAUCGGCAGAGGAUACGAUAAUAAAAUAACACUGUCGAGCAUAGUGAUAUCGAGGAAUCAUUGUGUUAUAGAAGCACAAAAAGAUCGCAUACUGAUUACAGAUUUAAAAAGUUCUAAUGGCACUUACAUUGGAGGUAAAAAGGUUCUUGUUGGUGCUACAUUGUCUGCUAGGCAUAAUGAUUUAAUAGGUUUUGGGUGGACCACAGUGGUCAGCUCACUUCCAUCUAUCACUGACAAUGAUAAACAUGUUUAUAAAUUAGUUAAUGAAAACCACAAUGAAAAUGCAUUUAACAGAGAAUCUCUAUCUAACAGAAUUCAGUAUCUUAGUGACAGUGAUGAUAACCUGGAAUCAAAAAUUGCAUCCAUGGAUGCAGAGGAGGCAGAUGCAAAAGAUCUUUUACUAAAUAAAGUACAAUCUGAGUUGAAUAAAGUAAAGUCUUUGAAAAGAAAAUCACUUGAUAAUGUUGAUGCAGGUAGUAUAAAAAUUAAAAAAGACACCGUAACUGAUUCUAAAUCAAACAAUCAAGUUACGGAAGCAAAAAAAGAUGAAAAUAAUUGUGUAAAACAAAGCACAAAUGUCAUAAAUCUUUUGUCAGAUAGUGACAGUGAAGUAACAGCCAAAGAGUGUAAAAAGGGCUUACAUGACACUAAAAAAGUUAAAAUGGAUCCAAUCAUAGAAGAACAACCAAAAUGUGAAAUUAAGAAAAUUAAAAUGGAUCCGUUGGUGGAGGAACAGCCAAAGUCAAUAGUUAAAGAAGAAGUGAUCAAUACUGAAAAUGAGAUAUCAGAUUUUGAAGCAUUUGAUGUAAAGCAAGAGUAUUUAGGAUUUGAUGAUAAUGAACCCAUUGAAAUAGAGGAUAGUGAUAUUGAUAGUGAAUCUGAACAAUGGCUUAUGAGACUUUCUCAAAGCUCACCUGGCAAGCCGUUCAUAAGGCGCAGUAGCCAAAUAGUUGCUCAGCAAGAGAACACCUCAUACAGUCAGAUAGAUCCUAUUAUUGAAGUAGACAAUGAUGAAGAUUUCUGUGAUGAUAUAAUAAGUAUUCCGCCACCUCCAACAGAAUCUGAAAAUAAAAUAAGUCCUGAUAAAAAGAAAGGUGAUAUUGCUGCAAAAAAUAAAGAAUUUUUUGGGGAUAUAACUGAUGAAGAAGAUAUUUUGGAUGAUAUGAUAAGCUUGGUUACACCAAAAACUCCUAUUGCAACUGAUAAUAGGAUGGAGAUCAUGUAUAAGGAUGUGGAGAAAGGUGAAGACAGAGUUGAUGGAUUUUCUGCAGUUCCACCCAAACCUGUCACUGAGAAUCAAAAUGAGGUUGUAAAGAAAGCACAAAUGAUUGAGCCUCUUGUACAGCCACCAAGGAGGAAAUCACACUAUGCCACUAGUCCUGAAGGUGUAGCGAAAGUUACUACUACAUCAUCAAGAAGUACUUCUGUAAAAUCAUCUUCAUCUUCCUCUAAGAGGAGUAAGUCAUCAUCAAAACACUCAUCUAAAAACCAGCUUAGUGAUGCACUAAAAGAAGAACGAAGAAAGAAAUUAAGGGAAAUUGCUACAAAGGAUAAACAGAGUGACCUAAAUUCUAGUAAAACAGAUAUUUCGGACAAUCAAUCCAAUAAACCAAAGGUUAACAUUAAACAAACUUCUUCCAACCGAGGGGCAUUCUUGGCUGAAGAGCAAGUAGCGCAAGCAGUUGUGAAACCUAUGGCAAGAAAAACCAGCCCCGAAAAAUCUCAUAAAACGAAAAGCAAGAAAUCAGAAACAUCUCGAAAAAGUUCACAUAGUCGGGAGGCGCGUUCCGAAGACAUUGAAAACUCGAAAAAACGUAAAGAGAAAGUUACAAAAGAACCAGCAAAAGUUGAGACCAAAACAACUAAGAAACCAUCUGACACACGCGUACCGCUCAAAAGCCUUAAACCAUUAUCAGAAAGUGAAGAAUCAAAGAAACCAGUAUCAAAAGUGGAUCCCAUGCCACCUAAAAAGGCAAAGAAAUCAGUCCGUUUUUCUGAUGCUCCUCCUCAAAUAGUAGAAUUUGAAAUUGAGCCAGGAAACAGACUGAACAAGACUAGCUCUAUAAAAACUGCACUUGUGGACACUCCUCGGCGUAUGCCGACGUUCUCUUUAGAAAAAUUAACUUUAAUCAAAAUUCUCAGAUGGAAUCCACAUUGGCUAGAUGAGCAGAUUAAUAAUAAUGAGCCGCCUCCAAUAUUAGGACACAAUAAUAUUCCAUUAAAUAUUUUCCAUGCAUUUGAUAAUCAUCAUCAAUAUGUUGGGCAAGUCGGAGACCUGCUUCUGAUGGAGAUCUGGGAAUGCGUGACGCAGGGCUACAUGCGGGUACGGGAGCAGAACACCGGGAUCUCCAUGAAAAUCACUUCCCUGCCGCCUCCGCCGCCUCAGGAGCGCGUAUACGACUUAUUCAAUAUUACUGUAGAAAUUGCUGUUCCAAGGUCUGAAACUAGAAAUGUACCAAGAAUGGGAGAAAUAAUGAUUGUCUAUUUCGGGCCAGAAAAUGCAAAGAAUUCAAGAUUUCUCUAUGUGAAUAAUGUCCAGCAACCCAAUAACAGACGGCCCUGUUUCACCGUAAACUUGCAUGCAAUAUUCACCGACAAGAUGAGGUCAAUGCACCCCGGCGAAGUGAUGAUCGGGAAAAGUCUAGCAUACGUCCAGAAAGAACUGACUCUGUUUGAGGCGAUGGAGUAUUUGGCGGGGUCGCCACUGAGCGAAGCCAUUUUAAGGCCGGAACCACAACAUUUCCCGGAAGUAGCACAUCAUCCGGAAUGCAAUAUGAACUCACGGUGGGUCAAGGGCCUGAACGACAGCCAGAAGGCGGCCAUAAGCGCCUCCGUGUCGGCAGCGCUCGGAGACAGGCCGCGCAUACAGAUGGUGCAGGGACCACCUGGCACAGGCAAAUCGGCGGUUAUCACGGCAAUGGUGAUGGCGUACUUCUACGACCCGGCGGAGCGGCGGCUGCAGAACCGCGGCAAGAUCCUCAUCUGCGCCACCAGCAACGCCGCCGUCGACGAGCUCGUGUGUCGCCUGCUCAACAUCCGGCAGACGCUGCCCAAGAACGAGCGUUUCCGCAUGGUGCGCGUGGGCCGCGCCGAGGCGAUGCACCCGCGCGCGCGCGACGUCAGCUCGCAGCAGCUCGCGCAGCGCGACGCGCGCCCGCGCCCCGACCAGCAGGCGCCCGCGCUCAAGGAGGAGAUCUCAAGACUGACUGCCAAGAUCAACAUGUGGAAGAGCGCCAGCCGCGACGCCAAGGACCCGUCCCGCAUCGCCUACUGCGAGGAGCGCGUCAAGCAGUUCACGCUCAAGAGGGCACAGUUGGGAGGCUCCGGUGACGGCGGCGAGGAGCCGCGGCCCGAGGACGUGGCGCGCGCCGAGCGGCGCAUCAUCGAGUACGCGGACAUCGUGCUCACCACGCUCGCCUCGGCCAUCAACCAGAAGAUGCGCGGGCUAAAGCGCCGCAUCGCGCUAUGCAUCGUUGACGAAGCGGGGCAAGCGAUCGAACCAGAGGCGCUGAUCCCGCUCACGCUCGACGUGACGCGGCUCACGCUCAUCGGCGACCCGCAGCAGCUGCCCGGCUACAUCUGCUCGCAGGUGACACCCUCUCACAGCUCCAGCUGCAGUAGACGGUAG